CUGUCUUUCUGUUCCCAACACAGAUUUCAUUCUACAGAAAAAGGGAAGACGGUGAAAAAAGGGGAAGUUGCAAAUUUCCUGAAUCCGGAAACUUUCCUCUGUGUGGCCACACGGCUAAUUUCGUCCUACUUAUUCAACCACAAAACCCACUCCUGUUUUUAAUAGAAGCACCUAAAUAUAAACGUAUUUCUACUGUUUAAUUGUACAUUUGUCUGCACAACAAUUCGUAUAUUCCCAGUACAAAUAAAUACGUAAUUAAACCUGCCAAAAUGCCAACGGAGCCAAAUGGAAACUUCACCACCACAAUGUUAAACUCAACGACCCCGAUCGCUGGUUGCCCGCCAGUCGGCAUCCAAUUGGAGGGCGUGAUUAUGCCGCCAGUGCUCACCAUUGAUGUCAUACUGGGGAUUCUGGGAAACGUAGUGGCCCUGUGGAUCUUCUGCUUUAAGCUGAAGGCCUGGAACCCCAACACGCUGUUCCUCUUCAACCUGGUCAUUGCCGACUUCCUGGUUCUAGUGAGUCUGCCGCUGAGGAUCGAUGCCUUGCUCAGGCGCCACUGGGUGUUUGGAGACGGCAUGUGCCGGAUCAACCUCUUCCUGAUGUUUACCAACCGCUCGGCCAGCAUCGCACUCAUGACCGUGGUGGCAAUUUACCGCUACUUUAAGGUGGUCCACCCUCACCACAGAUUCAACCGCAUGACCAAGCGCCAGGCGGUGUUCGUGUCAGUGUUCGUCUGGCUGCUGGUGAUCAGUCCUCGGGUUCCCAUGCUGGCGUACAACCACAUCAAGGGCAACGGCAGCAGCACCCAGUGCUUCUUCUUCACAUCUUACAAAGAGGCAUCGCGGGCCAUUAUCAUCCUGGUCGCCAUGCACCGGAUCCUGACGGUGCUUGAGUUCAUUAUCCCGAUGGCAAUGCUGCUAUUCUGCUCCAUCCGGAUCUCCAGCUUCCUGAAGGGCCGACAGAUGGGGAAAGCCGACAAGGUGCGCAAGGCUAUGCGAGUGUGCAUCGCCAUCGUCGUGGUGUUCAUGGUGUGCUUCCUACCCACCACGGUGACGACUAUUGGGGUGUGGGUCAUCCGCUCAUACCGCCCGUGGGACUGCGCCUCCUUCUACACCUUCACCCAGCUCAACAUCGUGUCUCUGGGGCUCAACUUCCUGAACUCGGCCCUGGACCCCAUCGUCUACGUCUUCUCCAGCUCCAUGUUCAGGAAGGCCCUGUGCAGCUCGCUGCCACGCGCCCUGCGCUGCGGAAAGGACGCAGGCGAUGGCGGUGAGAAUGCACCGCACUCGCAGUCCACCACUCAGCAGGAACUGAAGUCCAUGACGAAGGACGGAGGGAAUGGAGCCAUGUGAUGAGCUUUCCCUCCACGACAGUGACGGAGGCAACGUCCUUCUUCAGUUCAAUUUCAGUUAAAUUUUAUUUAUAUAGCAC